GCGGUGGAGGGGGCCCAGCUUGCCUUCCUACUUGCAGUGGGUGCAUCGCGUUCUUCCUCACCCUACCUCCCCCCCUUUUUUUUUUUCCUCUCCACAUCAACAUUACUGUUUCUCGCUCGGUGUGAUAUCUUCACUCCCAUUUCCACGUUUCCUUCGCCAUGGCGGGGGCUAUUAUUGAAAAUAUGAGCACCAAAAAGUUGGUGAUAGUGGGAGUUACUCUGCUUUUGUUCCAGGCGUUUGCCUUCAUGGUCGGCGGUUUAAUUGCUCCCAGCCCCACCUCACCGGUGCACUACUUGGCUACAAAGUGUGUGGAUACAGUGAAAAAACAACAGCAAAAAACAGAAUGGUUAUUGCCUUGGGGUCCCAACCAGUGUGAUAAGAUCCAGACCUUUGAUGAAGCCGUGGUCAAGAUGAUCGAGGCUAACAACAUCGUGUUUGCUGUCCACAUUCCUCCUCCCAACAAGGAGAUGAGCCCGUGGUUCCAGUUUAUGCUGGUCAUUCUGCAGUUUGACAUCGCCUUCAGUAGGCGCAACCCGAUAGAGGAUGGAGCAGUGGUCCACAUUGAUGUUGGCCUGGCCUACAGAGAUGACACAGUCAGUGAAUGGACAGAGAUGGCUCAUUCCUUCGAGCAGAGGAAACUCAACUGCAACUUCACCACUACCAAGACCUCUGAGAAUGAGGGCCGUUACUAUGAAUGCGACUCGCUGCCUUUCAUGGAAGUGGGGAGCGUGGCCCACAAGUACUAUCUCCUCAACAUCCGCCUGCCUGUCAAUGAGAGGAAGAAGAUCAAUGUGGGAAUCGGCGAGAUCAAAGACAUUCGUCUUAUUGGCAUUCAUCAGAAUGGCGGCUUCACCAAAGUUUGGUUUGCCAUGAAGACCUUCCUCACACCCAGCAUCCUCAUCAUCAUGAUUUGGUACUGGAGACGCAUCACCCUCAUGAGCAGACCUCCUGUCCUCCUAGAGAAGGUAAUCUUGGCUCUAGGCAUCUCCAUGACAUUCAUCAACAUCCCAGUGGAGUGGUUUUCUGUCGGCUUCAACUGGACAUGGAUGCUGCUUUUUGGAGACAUCAGGCAGGGCAUCUUCUACUCCAUGCUGCUCUCCUUCUGGAUCAUCUUCUGUGGGGAACACCUCAUGGAAACACAGUUCUUUGAAACAUUGGUUCUGGGCAGAGGAGAACUGAAGAUGUGUGAGCUCUGUGUACCAGCCAUCAAAAUCUUCUCUGCACUUGAACGUCAUCUCACAAAAAAAUUGCAGGACCAGACUGAGAGGAACCGUUUCUCAGUUUACUGGAAGCAGGUCGGACCCGUUGUGUUUGGCUCCUUCUGCCUCUUUAUCUUUGACAUGUGUGAGAGAGGUGUCCAGCUAACAAAUCCCUUCUUCAGCAUCUGGGGUUCGGACGUAGGAACUGAGCUGGCUAUGGCUUUCAUAAUUGUAGCAGGGAUCUGUGCGUGUCUCUACUUCCUCUUUCUCUGCUUCAUGGUUUUUCAAGUCUUCCGUAACAUUAGCGGGAAGAGGAUGUCCCUGCCUGCCAUGUCAAAGGCCAGACGGCUGCACUAUGAGGGUCUGAUUUUCAGGUUCAAAUUCCUCAUGCUGGUCACCCUGGCCUGUGCUGCACUGACUGUGAUCUUCUUCAUCAUAAGUCAGGUGAACGAAGGUCACUGGCACUGGGGAGAGCACACGGUGCAGGUGAACAGCGCCUUCUUCACUGGCAUCUACGGCAUGUGGAAUCUGUAUGUCUUUGCCAUCAUGUUUCUCUAUGCACCAUCUCACAAACGCUAUGGAGAUGAGCAGUCAAGCGGUCAGUGCCUCACUGGUGUUGCCGGAGCAAACAGUGGAGAAGACAUCCAGCUCACCACAACUAUCACACACGUUGAUGGGCCCACUGAAAUCUACAAGAUGACUGGCAAAGAGGCCCAGGAAUAGAUUUUAACACUGUUAAGCAAACUGCCAUCUACUCUCCACUGGUCCACUGACGUAUAUGUAAUCAAACAGGCUUCCUCUUUGUGUCCGUUGGUUCUAAAAUGGGAUUGGCAAUCCACCUUGCAUGCAACUACGCAGAUUGCUCUCUGGCACCAAACCACAAGCUUGUUUAAAGGCCAGUCUGUUCCCAAAGUCUCCUUUUUUUUUUUUUUUUUUUUUUUUUUUGUAUUUGUAAAAGCUGAAUAUCAACACUCCUAUCAGUUCUGUUCAUUUCAUGGUGGAAUUUCAUCUCACAUUUCAUACUCAAUGUAAAUUUUGUUGUGUUUGUUAAUGUUGCACAAUAUCUUUUACGCAGUCAGGUACUGAAAAAGCUGCUUUACAGGGAGAAACCAUUUCUUUGUGUUGUAAGCAGCUGUCGCACUCCCGUGCCAUUGGUUUAAAGACGAUGACGACAGACCGCAAGAUGUUUUAGACACUUGGUUUGAUAUUUCUGCUUUAUUAGGGGGUGUUUUCUCAUUCAAGGUGUUCAGAACCUGUCACAAAUGUACGUCUCAUAGGAAGUAGAUCAUAUGCAGUACUGCUGUCACUCCAUAGUUGUUCAAGUCUUGUUUUUUUUUUCUUUCUUUUUUUAUAUAUAUAUAUAAUCAUAAUCACUGGGGAAAUGUACAGACCACAUAGCCACCUUGGGAAAAGCAUACUGUAUGUUCAUCAUGUUACGAUGUAGAUAUGUUUUUUAUAAAGUGCUUAUUUUCAGCUUCACAAAAACAUGCAUCAAGCUUCACUCAGUAUUUUUGAAGUUGACUGUAGCCUAUUACACAUGGUUUUUAGUUUAGUCUCUUUUA